AUGUUUGAUAUAUCCGACACUCCAAUUGACUUUGCUAUUGAUAGCACGCAAACUUUUACGCUCAAUGAAGACAAUACAACUGGUAGAAAUGACAAUGAUAACAGUAAGAUCAAUUCCGAAAGCUAUUAUAUCCCUUCAUUAGAUGAUAUUUCCACUACUUCUUCAUCGUAUGGUACCGCUACCUAUAGUUCACAUUCUCAGACUCAGUCAAUUAGAUAUUGCACACCAAGAUCUAUCAAUAAAGUUCAGUCAAUAGAAUCUGAAAUCGACGACUUGCCAUUAAUUUUUAAAACUAACAUCUGGUCCAACGACUAUCUUACAUCCUUCAACAAGAAUGCUAAUUCAUUUAGUAACUUUAGAUUGACUAAUACUCAGAAUAAUACUAACAACAAUGCUGCUGGGAGUAUGUUCCCCGUUUCUCCUUCUUCUGAGAUGGGUGUAUAUGUUCCUGAAAAGGAACCCGGUUAUGACUGUCAACUUCCUUCACCGAUUGCUGUCUCUUCUGCACCAUAUAUUUUGCCAGUCACUAGCCCAGGUUUGAUAACUGCAAAUCCUUCUCCUUCUACUGGUUCUCCUCCUGGUCCCGUGAUACCUACUUCGUUGUCUGUUACCGCUCCAGCUAAUUGUCUUACUUUCAGAACUUACACAGGAGCUAUCUUUACCGUUCCAAGAACUUCAAAGUUUUUUGUCAUUAAAUCCUACAAUAUUCUUGAUGUUAAUGCUUCAUUUGUUCACAACAUUUGGACAUCAACCGAGUUGGGAAAUAAACGGUUAGAUAAAGCUUAUAAUGAAUUGGUGUCGACAGGUAAUCCUAACAUUGAUGGAAAGAUUUUCCUUUUUUUUCUGGUUAAUUCUCUGGGUAAAUUUUGUGGCAUUGCAGAAAUGAAGAGUGCUAUUGAUUUUACAGCUAGUCUGGAUAUUUGGUGUGAACAAACCAGAUGGAAGGGUAUUUUCUCUGUAGAAUGGUUAUUAAUCAAAGAUGUUCCUAAUAAGUUUUUCCAACAUUUGAAAAUCCCUGCUAAUGAAUUUAAGCCAGUGACAAAUUCAAGAGAUACUCAAGAGAUUCCUUUUGAAAUUGGAAUCAGUAUGCUCAAGAUUAUCAGUUCAUUCAGAUCAAAUGAAUAA